CCGGAAUGAAGUUUCUGUAAGGCGGCUGUGAGCUGAUCAGAAGAGAAACAGAGAAAACAGGAAAACAACUUAUUUACCCAGUCAUCCCUGUAUGACCCAGAGGUCGCCAUGUUUUCCCUGUCGGAGCUGGCGCCUCUGAACCAGCAUCAAAGCAGGUCUAAAUUGUUGAAGCCAUGGUGGGAGGUCUUCAUGGACUACUUGGUGGUCCUGAUGCUGAUGGCAUCUGUUCUGGCCUGUACUGAGCAGCUGUCCAGGGACCGAGUGGUGUGCAUUCCCUUGGAUCCUCUUGUCACUGCAAAUACUAGUGAUCACAGGUCCUCAACUAGCAGUGAUGUGGCACUGAUUCCAUCUUCAAAGCCCCCAACGCAAAUUCCACGCAACAUCAGCCCAAAUCUUCAUUCUACAGCUCGGGGUCGACGCACGCACCUGGUCUACCAGCAGUAUGUUUACAUUAGCCAGGUGUGCUACCAUGAGGCUUUGCCUUUGUGCUCCCGCUUCUUUCCCUACAUAGCCUUGCUGCAGUCUCUAGUGCUGGUAGCCAGCGGCUCCUUCUGGCUCCAUUUUCCCCACACCUCUGCCCGCAUAGAGCACUUCCUGGCAAUCUUGGCAAAGUGCAGUGAGUCACCCUGGACAUCUCAGGCCCUGUCCCAUGCUGCCCAGCAGGAAAACAUCCAAGAGAAGGAGGUGAUGGAGGAGAGGCACCCACCUCAACCUCCUACCUCUUCAACUUCAUCCUCAUCACCAGUGACCCGCACAAGAUGUUCAAGCAUAGACUCGGGCACGGACAGCCCGCUUUUAAAGAGGGUGCACUUCCCUUCUCCCAAGCCCUCACUCAUGGUUGACAGUCCCAGGCAGGGAAUCAGUUUGGAUAAAAGUGAUGGAGAACAGGCCAGGGCACUGUUCGAAAGGGUCAGGAAAUUUCGAUCUCACUGCGAAAGCUCAGCUGUCAUCUAUAAGGUCUACUUGGCUCAGACGAUUUUCAAAUUGCUGAUGGUAACGCUGAUUGUGAGUUACACCAUACCUCUUCUCAGCUCCUUCUCCUUCACCCACACCUGUUACCCUGAGGAGCAGGCCCUGGUGGGCUACACUACCUUUGAGUGUAUCCAUGUGCUCUCCUCCCUUCUACGCAAACUGCUGGUGGCCUACUUGACCUUACUGGGGCUGUAUGGCAUGCUCAACUUAUACACCCUCAGUUGGAUUUUGCACAGCUCUCUACGGCAGUAUUCCUUCCACUCACUGAAGGAGUUGUGCUCCCUGAGAGAUGUCCCUGACCUUAGAAAUGACCUGGCCUUUCUUUUACAUAUGUUAGACCAGUAUGACCCUUUGCUGGCCCGGCGUCUGUCUGUUUUUUUGUCCCCUGUCAGUGAGAGCAGGCUGCUGGAGGAAAGCUUGGAGAGGCGCUGGGGGGAGGAGAAGCUGCGUGCUAUGACUAGUGUGGACGCAAAAGGCUGCUCCAGACUGCAGCUGGUGGCCCUCCCACGCCUUCCUCCAGCCCUCUUCACCCUCAGCCAACUUCAGGUCCUCAAACUUGAGCUCAUCACAGAUGCCAGGUUUACUGUGCAGGUAUCCAACAUGACCUCACUCAGGGAGCUCCAUCUCUACCACUGUACAGCAGCUGUGGAUCCUAGUGCACUUGGAGUCCUCCAAGAACGUCUAGAAGUACUCCACCUCACCUUCACUCAGGCGUCAGAGAUCCCCAGCUGGGUCCUCUCCCUCCGCAACCUGCAUGAGCUCCACCUCUCUGGUCGCCUAAGCAGUGAAGGUGGGGUGGGUCGCAGCUGGGCACUGGGGAGCCUCCGCCAAUUACGUCACCUCCGUGUGCUGGUGAUUCGAGGAAUGUUACAGCGAAUCCCCGGGGAGCUGUGUGAGGUGGCCAACAGCUUGGUGAGGCUGGAGAUCUACAAUGAAGGCACCAGGCUGCUUGUAAUGACAGGCCUGAAGCGGAUGUUCGACCUGACAGAGCUGCAGCUGCAGGACUGCCAGCUAGAGCGAUUGCCCUCUGCCUUGCUGGCUCUGACCAACCUGCGGACACUUGACCUGCAGCAUAAUAACCUGAGAACUCUGGAGGAACUGCUCAGUUUGGCUCAUCUGCGACGUCUUUCUUGCCUCAGACUUGCUUAUAACCGUGUUCUGGCACUGCCAGCCAGUGUUGGUGUGCUUCGAGGCCUGGAGCUGCUAGACCUGUCCAACAACCAGAUCCAGAACCUUACCCCAGCGCUCUUCACUCUUCGCCGCCUUCGUAGGCUCCUGCUUGCUGGCAACCUGCUAGAGGAGCUGCCUGCUGAGGUAAAGGCACUGCAGCUGCUUACAGAGCUGGACCUCAGUGGGAACAGACUAGAGAGUCUGCCCCCUGAACUAUUCAGUAGCUGUUCAGAGCUGCGCAUCCUAAAUGUGGCUCACAACUCUCUAAGUUCAUUACCAAGAGGGAUUGCAGCUUUAAGUCAGCUGUGCAAGUUGGACUUGCGCAGUAACAGUCUGGAGGAACUGCCUGCUGAAUUGGGCUGCUGCUCAGGGCUGCAUGGAGGUGGUCUUCUGGUGGAAGACUGGCUGUUUCUGUCUUUGCCUCCCCAGGUGAGGGACUUUCUGAGCCAUUCUUGCCCCCCCUCCCACACAGAGGGGCAUUCCCGGCCAGAGUCAGACAGUUUCCCAUACUUCUCGCCAACACAAUGGAGCUUCUCCUCUGCUCUGGAAUCACAGAUAUAAGACUAAUGACCCUCUGGCUGCUAGCAGUAUCCUACACUAAUACCAUUAUUUACUGAUAAUACUGAUAUUUUAAUGUUUCUAUUUUUAAUAGGAGUUAUGCUUUUGGCUAUUCUUUAAGAAUGUAGUUUUACUGUUUGUACUUUUAAUGUGACUCUUUAACAACCAUAAGAGUAUUGUUGCAUUUACAUUUUAGACCACAUAAUAAACAUACUGCACAUUGAUUUUCUUACCACAUUUAAAUCAGUGUCAAUCAGUGGCUUGUCAAAAGGUAAGAAUGUACAAACCAAAUGCAUAUCAAUUCAUAUAACAACAUAUAAAUUAUUUGAACUGAAUGGGCUAAAACACAGUUGAAUAACAGAUAUGGGGAUAUAAUUCUGUUCACUGCAAUGUAUGUAACAGGA